AUGCUUGCAUCUUCUGCUCGCGAUAUCUGGACUGCGCUAUUUCUCUUCACUCCCUGCUGGUUCAUCAUCCCAAUAUCAACAUUGGCAUCCGCCCAGCCGGUCAGCGGUGACUCUGUCUUCUCAAGCCGGGGUGGGAGACUGGACUCGCAGGACGACUCCAGUCAGCUGCCUAUCCAGAUCGGCGGAAUUGUAGCCAGCUACGUGAUCUUCGAUGCUGUGGUCGUAUUCCUUAUCCUCUUUAUAGGACGACGACUACGCCGCGAAGCACACUCCUCCAACUACUCACUUGAGAUGGUAAUGCUGGGACCAGCACACAAAUACGCCGGCAGCCUCGAUCCAAGUCCUAUUUCCGACUACACUAUCGACAGCCAGUUCCCAAGCCCAGACAAACCACGUGGCUGGAAUAUGUCGUGGCCAAGUGUGAAAAGCCACAAAGCCCACGCCUCGAUGAACAGCAGUGUUGCUACCAUCGACGCAAGCGUCGUGUCUGCGGACCGGCGCCGAGCGCAGGAAGAGAUGGAAUUCCUAUACGCACAGGUCUUGGAACAUGAUGCGAAGAAAGCUUCUCCCCAGUCUUCUCCUGUCAUGGAUAAACAAUCAUCACCCGAUACGCCGUUGGCUUCCCCCGUGGCAUCUAUUCAGCCUCCUCCCUACCAACUACAGCCUCAGUACCAGGAACCUUUGUCCCCACGACAAGGGAGCACGGCAACAAACAAGUCUCGCACAAGUAAGCGGCUAUCUAAACUCUCCAACCUCUCCAUAUUCAGCCCAAGCUCGCGGUCAUCGACAGGCUCAAACAAACUCAAAUCACCUCAUUCCAUCCGUGAUCUACCCAUUUCACCUCCAGUGAAAACACCCGAUCCCGUGCAAACCGCGACAUACCAAGACAGCCAGCCAAUGUCACCACGAAUCUACAACCCAGGCCCACCGCCAACAGCACCAUUACAAAACAGCGCCCGAGGAUUCACACUGCAACCUCUCGCAACUCCCAACAGUGUCAUCACAACUCGUGCCCAUGCCGCGCCGCCCCCCUUGAGCAUCAACAGUAGCAACUCCACUCUCCCCUUCCGCCAGCAAUUCAACCCCCCUCAAAGCGCGCCAUACACAAAGACUACCAUCUUGGAGAGACCAUUCAAUAAUGUGUCCGGUGGUCCGCGCACCGGUAUGCCAACUCCGUACAGUCCGUACAUGCCAUUCACGCCUUUGACGCCGAUCACGCCGAGUCGACUGGUAACGAAGCGUGACAGGAAGAAGAUGAGCAGGUCUAAUGGGCUCAAGGUAUUGCAUGAAGAUGAUCUAGUGAAGAAUGAUGAAGAGUUGUGGGGGAUGUAG